AUGGCCGACGAGGAGGCGUGCAUGUUCGCGCUGCAGCUGGCAAACUCGGCGGUCCUGCCUAUGGCGCUCAGGACUGCCAUCGAGCUGGGCCUUCUCGAGACCCUCGUGGGCGCCUGCGGGAAGGCGCUGACCCCGGAGGAGGUGGCCGCGAAGCUGCCGUCCGCCAACCCGGACGCGGCGUCCAUGGUGGAUCGCAUCCUGCGCCUGCUGGCCUCGUACAAUGUCGUGUCGUGCGUGGUGGAGGAGGGCGAGGACGGCAGCCUCUCCCGUCGGUACGGCGCCGCGCCGGUGUGCAAGUGGCUUACCAUCAACGAGGACGGCGCCUCUCUGGCCCCGUUCGCCCUCCUUGCAACGGACAAGAUGCUCAUGGAGUCAUGGUGCUACAUGAAGGACGCAGUCCUUGACGGAGGCAACCCGUUCGUCAAGGCCUUCGGGAUGACGGCGCGUGAGUGCAACGGCAAGGACAUGCGCCUGAACCGCGUCUUCAACGAGGCCAUGACGCACCAUUCCGGCAUCAUCACCGGCAAGUUCCUCGAGCUGUACACAGGUUUUGAUGGCAUCGGCACCCUCGUCGACGUCGGCGGCAGCGUCGGCACCCUCAUGCACGCCAUCGUCUCCAAGUACCCGAGCAUCAGGGGGAUCAACUUCGACCUCCCCUUCGUCAUCGCGCACGCGCCGGACUACCCCGGCGUGCAGCACGUGGCCGGCGACAUGUUCGAGAGCGUGCCCUCCGGCGACGCCAUCGUCAUCAAGUGGGUCCUCAACGGCCUGAGUGACCAGCAGUGCGCGACGCUGCUCAAGAACUGCUACGACGCCCUGCCGGCGCACGGCAAGGUGGUCAACCUGCAGUGCAUCCUGCCGGUGCACCCGGACGCGACGCACAGCGCGCAGGAGGUCAUCAGCGUCGACGUUAGCAUGCUCGCCUACAGCGUCGGCGGCAAGGAGAGAUACCUGAGGGACUUCGAGAAGCUUGCCAAGGGCGCCGGGUUUGCCGGCGUCGAGGCCACCUACAUCUACGCUAACUUCUGGGCCAUCGAGUACACCAAGUAG